AUGGGAAACAACACCACCCUUGUCGAGAGCGAUCUUGUUGAUGCUCGUACCUCUACUACCACUUGCGCUAUCUACAAUUGUGAUGUUGUGAUAUUGAGAUGUUGUAAGUCUCUGAUUUGUGUAUCCGCUUGCAUUAAAUUUAGAUCCCAUUAUUGGAUGACAUCUUGGUUUGGUGGUCGAGUAGUUGCAAUUAGUAUUUCAGUAUCAUCAGUCAAUGCUUGGUGUGAUGGUUCCAAUACCUUUUAUACUACAUCAAAUGGAUAUAAUUCUAUUCAAUGUAAUGGUGUAUUUACUUCACAGGAUAGUGUUUGUUUCAAGGUAUCAUCUGAUGAAUCUGGUACACCAACAAGUUUUGGAUUCUCGGCCAUGCUCAUAGACAACAACAAUAUGGACCUUUUCCUAAACAAGGAUUACUAUUUUACAUUGAUGCAAAUCAAUAAUGCUGGUUCGGCCUAUGGUUGUUGGUAUCCAUCUUGCAACUAUUAUUUGAAUGGAUCGGUCUCUCUUCUUGUAACUUAUGACUCAUCGGUUGUUGGAGAGACCCUUUUCCUUCAAUAUGAUGGUACUGGUCCAAUUGGUGGAGAAACUAAUGUCAAAAUGUCAAGACCUCUUUAA